GCACGCAGAACCGGUGAACGAGCCAAAAUGGGUUUAGCAUCGGCGCUUAACACUCCUCUCGCGGGCCUCCAUGGCGCCUCUCUUCCUGGCGGCGACCGCUUCCUAUCGAACCAGCUCCGCCGCAUUACGCUGCAACAUCUGACUAUACGGCCUAAUCCUCACCCUCGGUCCAUAUCCACACUCACUCUCGCUCGCCGUCGAAACCAUAGUAAUCCCACGCCAACCACAUCUUCUUCUCUAGCGAAAAAGAACAACAAGAAGAAAAAGUUGGGUAGAAAUGUUGAUGAGGAUGAGAUAGAUGAAGAUGCCAUUGAAGCACUCUUUGCUCAGCUAGAAGAAGACCUCAAGAAGGCGGACCUUUCUUUGUUUGAUGGCGAAGACGACGACGAGGAGAUUAGUGAAGAGGACCUUGCUAAGCUUGACGAAGAACUUGCUCGGGUGUUUGAUAUGACAGAUGACGAUUUGGAUGUUGAUGGCGAGGACGAGGACGAGGCCGAAGACGAAGACGAAGACGAAGACGAAGAUGAGGACGAAGAAGAAGAACCCGUGAAGCUUAGGAAUUGGCAGCUUCGGAGAUUGGCUUCCGCUUUAAAAAUUGGCCGCCGGAAAACCAAUAUCAAAAGUCUUGCGGCUGAACUUUGUCUAGACAGAGCUGUUGUUCUUGAAAUGCUUCGUGAACCCCCUCCUAGUCUCUUGAUGAUGGCUGCUACUUUACCUGAUGAUGAGCCUUCAGGUCCGAUAAUAACAUUGGCCGACACGAAGACCAUAGAAGAAACUGUUGUGGAGGAAACUCCCAAACCGGACACCUCUGCGAAAGUGCCUAUUCAUGUCAAGCAGCAAAGAUUGUCUUCUCAAAAGAGAAUAAAGAAAGUGGACAUUCAAACUCUCGAAAAUGUUUACAGGAGAUCAAAACGACCGACUAAUACGAUGAUUGACAGCAUUGUGCAUGUGACAAACCUGCCCCGUAAAAGAAUUGUGAAAUGGUUUGAGGAGAAGCGAGCUGAAGAAGGGGUUCCCGGCGAGAGAGUUCCAUACCAACGCUCUGCUCCUGAUACAAUUCAGUAGUAAAGCUAUAUACAUAAGCCUUUAAUCGUAUGUUUCACCUGUAAUGACAUCAAAAAGUGGAAUUUUUUUCUUUAUUUGUUUGUUAUUCAGGUCAUAGAGAUUUGCAAUAGUAUAUGAUGGUUUUCUAUAGCUCA